CUAGACCACGAGGAACACAAAGGAUUGUGUGGAAGUCUCACUAUACUAGCAUUUCAUACUAUAUUUGAACUGAAACAGUGACAAACACAGCAGAUAAGAUGAGUGAAGAAGGUUGCAGGGUGUACGCCGGUAAUUUAAGUUAUAACACAAACGAAGAAUCAUUGCGUGAUGCGUUUUCAGGAUACGGGAAUGUUGUUGAUUGUAAACUCAUCCUUGAUCGGGAAAGCGGCCGGUCCAGAGGAUUUGGAUUUGUCACGUUCGACUGCCAAGAAGCGGCUAGAGACGCUGUAAAAGAUCAAGUUAUGGAACUUGAUGGCCGAGAUAUAAAAAUAUCGCACGCUCAGGCCAAAAGUGAUCGUGGUGGUAGCCGUGGUGGUGGACGAGGAUACCGUGGUGGUGGUGGCGGUUAUGGCGGCGGAAGCCAACGCGGAAGCUAUGGAGGCGGUAAUUACGGCGGCGGAAACUAUGGUGGUGGAAACCGAUACGGAGGAGACAACUAUGACCGUAGAGGAGGCCACUGAAAUCAUGCUAUCAUGCCUCGAUGUUGGGAACGUCUGAUUAGAAUUAUAUUCUUCUAAUCGGGGAAAAUGUGGAAGCCCAUCAGUCGGUGGGGUAACGAUACCCAUUUACCAAUCCGCGGCAGCUGUUGAAAAAUAUUUUUUCAUCGAAAAAGAAAAAUAGUGGACUACAUUUCCCUCUGCCAAAAUAAGUGCAACAUGGAUUGAUCAUUUAAGGAUUUUAAUAAUGCUUACCUUUCUCUAUUCCUUUUGGUAAGGAAGAUGUGGAGGGAUCAAGAUUUUCGCAGGUGUUUGACAAAUAGUAACGUGGUGCAAACAUUUCACACCAUUUUAGAAUUAGUGUGUGGAAAGGACAGAACAGGAGUUUCAAAAAUCUUCAAAUGUUUUUUCAACACUUGCAGACAAUACAUAAAUAAAUUUAAAACCGUUUAAUAGAAAUUCUCCAAGAUGGACUGUAAAUAGUUGUUCAUUGUAUGUAUGUAAAACUGGUGUUUAUACAAUACUGCUAGAUCGAGAAUUUUGCAGGAACAAAUGAAGACCAUAAAUUGACUUCAACAUUUAUCUUCUUUAAAGUUAAACAAUGCAUGUCUUUCUUUUUUGAAAAUGAUUUUUGAUUUGGCCAUAUACAGUUAGUUAUGGAAAUUCUUGACAAGUUAAUGGUAUCGAGUAGAUGGCAUAGAUGAUAAUGAACUCCUGAAUUUUAAGUCGGAUGUAAAUAUCCAACUGUUUUAAAAAAAAAAAUAACAAAAAUUUUCUUGACAUUAUAUAUACUAAUGUGAUGAAGUACGAAGUAGACCUGGUGUUUUGGUACUAUGUGAAUAACCUAUUUAUCCUCUUGACAAUUUUCACUGUAAUGUAAGAGGAAAUGAUACUACACAUCUGAGCCUUUAAAGAUAAUUUUCAUAUCUUUAAUGAAAAUUGAUGGGAAUUACUUUCAUUUUAUGUUCAAUGUUGGUAAAAAAUACAUGCGUAUGGAAGCGCCUGAUAUUUCAUUGCUUUUGAUUUAAGUAAACAUUUCAAAGAAUAAUAUGUAAUGAAGUCUUUAUGACUCUUUUUCACCUACGCUAAUUGUAUCAGAGUUUUAGGAAUGCUUUUGCAAGAUAUAUUGUAUAACAAGUUUAAAAUAUUAGUAGGUUGUUCAGUAGGUUGUAUUUGAAGCAUUUACUAUUUGUUUUUAGUCUUAGUACUGGGAUCCAAUGUUGAAUUCAUUCUGCAUUUCUUUAUUCAUCAAUCAUAUUGCCAUAUCAUCCAUAAGUAUAAUUUGUUGUAAAAUCUCUUGUUAAAAGGUUGUACAAUAGUGUUGUAUCUUAUGCCUGGUUUUGGUUGUAAAAACCUGCUUCGUUUUUGUCAUAAUUAAAUGUAGUACAUGAUUA